AUGACUCUCUUGGGCACAUCGCGGAGUUGCCUGUUGUGUCCAGUCAGUAGGUCGGCGGCGAUAUUGGGUGUCAGAUGGCUCCAGCCCCAGGCCUUCUUGCAGCUACCCGAUGCCUGGGGACUCCCAGUCACGCAGCCGAGCCGGGGCAAGGCACGGGGGAAUGAGUACCAGCCAAGCAACAUCAAACGGAAGCACAAGCACGGUUGGAUAAAGCGCUUGAGCACGCCGGCUGGUGUCCAGGUCAUCCUUCGCCGCAUGCUCAAGGGCCGAAAAUCGCUGAGCCAUUGA